CUUUCCCCAGAAGUUACGAGGGUCCAUUUGAGGUGAUGGAGGGCCAGCCAGGCCCCCGGGUGUUGACCCUCAGAGCAAUUGAUGAAGACUCCGGUCUCAACGGCAAAGUGGAGUACAGCAUCACUCGCGGAGAUAACCAGAGUUAGUAUCAGCUUGUUCUUUCUUUCUGUGUGUGCAUUUCUAUUUACCUCCGAGUUUUCUCUGUUUCACUGUCAGAUGAGUUCAUGAUUUCUCCUGUGGAGGGUGAGCUUCGGGUGAGGAAGGAUGUAGAGCUGGACAGAGAGACUAUAGCUUUUUACAACAUCACUGUCACCGCAAGAGACCUGGGAACGCCUUUUCUCAACAGUUCGGUGCUGGUGGGUGUCUACGUUCUGGACAUCAAUGAUAACGACCCAGUCAUCCUUAAUUUGCCUUACAACACAAGUGUGAGCGAAGGUGCCGAAAUACACAACUCCUUGGCCAGAGUACAAGCUCGAGAUGCAGAUAGUGGACGCAAUGCACUUCUCACUUACAACAUCACUGCUGGAAACCUGGGUGGAGCCUUCUACAUCAACGACACAACAGGUGUUGUGCAGGUGAACAGACCGCUGGACAGAGAGCGAGUGGCAGAGUACAUUCUAACCAUCACUGUUAAGGACAACCCAGAAAACCCCCGCACUGCUCGCAGGGACUCAGACUUUUUGUUCAUCACCAUUCUGGAUGAGAAUGACAACAGGCCUGUAUUCACAAGGACCAGCUACAAAGCUGAAAUCACAGAGAACUCUGCAGCAGGCAGCACUGUAAUUGUUUUAAAUGGCCCGGUGCUGGCUGAGGAUAAAGACAUUGGACCAAAUGCUGUGGUGAAAUACCGACUGUUGGGGCCAAGAGUUGACCUUUUCACUGUUAACUCUGACACGGGGGUUAUACUGGUGCGCCAGGGAGCAAAGUUGGAUCGUGAAGCUUUUCAGGACCCUAGAGUAGAGCUGAUUCUGGUUGGGGAAGACAUAGGAGGUUUAAACAGCACUGUACCUCUCACCAUAACAAUCCUGGACCAAAAUGACAAUCCUCCGGUCUUCAGCCCGUCCAGUUUUAGUGUUCGACUGCCUGAGAACAGCCCCACUGGUGUUGUGGUGACUCAACUCUCCGCCACCGAUGCAGACUCUGGCUCCAACGCUUGGCUGGUGUAUCGUUUGGAAAGCAGUGCUCUGGAGCGCUUUGUGGUUGACCCGCUCUCUGGUGCUGUCCUGGUGGGCAAUACCACACUUGACAGAGAGGAGCGUGCAUCCUACCACCUCGUUGUGAUGGCAACUGACCGCGGCACGCCCCCUUUGUCUGGCACAGCCACUCUGACGGUUAUCCUGGACGACGUUAAUGACUCGAGACCACGUUUUAUACAACCUGUAACUGUGAUAAGCAUCAAUGAGUCGACCCCACCAGGUGUGGUAAUAGCUACCCUCACUGCUGAAGACCCUGAUCUCAAUCCAAGGCUUGAGUACUACAUCAUCUCAGUGGAGGCAAAGGAUGAUGGAGACAAACCAGUGGUUGGCCUACAGGACUCCUUUGGCAUUGAUUUGCACACAGGUGCGGUAUUUGUGCGCAACCGUCUGAACAGAGAGUUUGUAGCUACAUUUGAGAUAAUUGUGUCUGUCCAUGACAAUGCCAGCGAGGUUAUUGACAAGUCCAGCAGUGUUCCUAAUGCGAGGCUAAGCAUUAAUGUGCUGGAUGUCAACGACAACGCCCCUCGUUUUCGGCCCUUCGGAGUCACAAACUUCACAGAGAAGAUUUUAGAAGGAGCUCAGCCAGGAACAACAUUGCUGUCUGUGUCAGCUGUAGACCCUGAUAAAGGUCCCAAUGGUCAGAUCAGUUAUCAGCUCCUCCACUUGCCUAGAGGGGAAUAUGUUAGACUGGAGGACACCUCUACUGGAAAGAUUGUGGCCAAUCAGACGGUGGAUUUUGAGAAAGUGCAGUGGCUAAAUUUCACCAUACGGGCUCAGGAUCAAGGAACUCCUCCAAUGAGCAGUGAGCUUCCAGUUUAUUUGCAGAUAGUGGACGUCAAUGACAACAACCCGGUUUUUCUGCAACCCUCCUAUCAGAAACCCGUCUUUGAGAAUGUGGACUUAGGCACCACCAUAGUUCGUGUAACAGCCACAGAUGCUGAUUCUGGACUUUUUGCCGUCAUCGAGUACAGCCUCGUGGAUGGAGAGGGCAGGUUUGGCAUCAGAUCAUCCACUGGAGAAAUCUACAUCCUCUCCCCUUUGGACAGGGAGACAAAGGACCACUACACUUUAACUGCUGUUGCACGAGACAACCCUGGGGGGAGUCCUAACAACAGAAGAGAGAGCUCUGUUCAGGUUCUGGUGACGGUUCUGGAUGUCAACGACUAUCGUCCGCGCUUCACAAAUCGAGUGUAUAACACCAGCGUGUUUGAGAAUAAACCCAGCGGUACGUCUGUGAUAACAGUCACAGCCAUUGACCUGGAUGAAGGAGAGAAUGCUGCAAUAAUUUAUAGCAUACUUGGACCUAAUGUAGAUGCGUUCUCCCUGGAUCCAAUUACCGGAUUGGUUCGAUCCCGCCGCCUGCUACAGUCUUCUGAACGUUUCAACUUUACUGUUGUAGCUACAGACCAGGGACGUCCUCCUUUGUGGGGCACUGCAGACCUGAUCAUCACAGUUAUAGAUGUCAAUGACAACAGACCUGUGUUUGUCAGACCAGCUAAUGGAACCAUCAUUCAUAUCUCUGAGGAGCAGCUUCCAGGCCUGCUCGUGUAUGAGGUGCAUGCAACCGACGCUGACGAAGGCGUGAACGGAGAGGUCCGCUAUGCCUUUCUGCAGACAGGAGCUGGGAACAGAGACUGGGAAAGCUUCCAUAUAGACGCCAUGUCUGGAGUCAUCACCACUACAGUGAAACUGGACCGAGAGAAACAAGCCCUCCUCAGCCUUAUCAUCGUGGCCCAUGACAUGGGUCAACCAGUGCCUUAUGAGACCAUGCAGCCUCUGCAGGUGGCGCUGUUGGAUAUUGAUGAUAAUGAACCGGUCUUCCUCAAGCCACCACGUGGCAGCUUGCCCUACCAGAGGCUGACCGUGCCAGAGCACUCUCCCCCUGGUACUGUGGUGGGCAACAUAACCAGAGCUGUGGAUGCCGAUGAGGGCUCCAAUGCCAUUGUCUAUUAUUUCAUUGCAGGAGGAAACAGUGAUGCAAACUUUGGGCUGAGUCUUGAAGGAGAGCUGAAGGUCCUCAAGGAUCUGGACAGGGAGGAGAUCCCAGCCUACUCCAUCAUCAUCAAGGCUUCCAGCAACAGGAGCUGGACUCCUUCCAAGGGCCAGAGGUCAUUACGGGCCAAAGUGCUGGACCCUGCACUUGACCCAAGCCUUCUGGCAGUCCGAAUUGAACUCGAGGACAUAAAUGACCAGACGCCACGGUUUAGUAAGGCAGAAUACACUGCAGGUGUUGCAGCAAAUGCUAAAGUUGGCUCAGAGCUCAUCAAGCUGGUAGCUAUAGAUAAUGACAUUGGGAAUAACAGUGUGGUCCAGUACCAUAUUGUUACAAUCCGCUACUUCCCGACCCGGAGCAAUGGCAGCGAGGAUAUAGGCAACGUCUUCACCAUUGGUUUGACUGAUGGAAUGAUCCGAACUUAUGACCUCUUCACAUCUUAUAAUCCGGGUUACUUUCAGCUUGAGAUUUUAGCUUGUGACUUUGCUGGUCACAGUGCCACUGCAAACGUGAACAUCUACAUCCUCCGAGAUGACCAGAGGGUCAAGAUAGUCUUUAAUGAGAUACCUGACUGGGUUCGUGAGAACCAGGAUGAUUUCAUCAGCCUGCUGUCCAACAUCACAGGGGCUAUUGUAAACCUGGAUGACAUACAGUUCCAUGUGGACAAGAAGGGCAGAGUGAGCUACGCUCAGACUGACAUGCUCAUCCAUGUUGUCAACAAUCAGACCAACACCAUCCUCGAUGUUGAAAGAGUCAUCCAAAUGAUUGAUGAGAAUAAGGAGCAACUGAGGAGUCUGUUUCGGACGUACAAUGUGGUGGAUGUUCAGCCUGCUAUUGGUGACGAACUGCCUGACGACAUCUCCACUCUGCAGCUGGUGAUCAUUAUCCUGGCCGUGCUGCUGUGCUUGGCAGGGAUUUUGUUUGUAACAAUGAACUGGCAUUAUCGCAGAGUACACCAGAGGAAGCUUAAAGCUAUUGUUGCAGGAUCAACAGGAAACCAAGGUCUAAUGGAUAUCCUGGACAUGCCAAACACCAACAAGUAUUCGUUUGAGGGAGCUAAUCCCGUUUGGAUGGACCCAUUCUGUCGCAACCUCGAGCUAGCUGCACAGGCUGACCAUGAGGACGACCUGCCUGAGAACCUGAGUGAGAUCACUGACCUGUGGAACAGCCCAGCACGCACUCACGGCACCUUUGGCCGCGGGCCUCAGGCGAAGCCAGAGGAUGACCGCUACCUGAGAGCGGCCAUACAGGAGUAUGACAACAUUGCUAAACUGGGUCAGAUUAUGAGAGAAGGGCCCAUCAAGGGUUCUCUGCUGAAGGUGGUACUGGAUGACUACCUGAGGCUGAAAAAGCUCUUUGCAGCGCGGCUUGUCACCGUAUCCACCAGCGAAGGAGAUAAAUCAUCAAUUACUGAGCUAAUCCAGAGUGAUCUGGACGAUGACGAUGACGAGCAUUUGGGCUUGAAUGCAGGACGCGGCACUCUUCGCUUCAAGCACAAGCUUCCUGUGGAGUUAAAGGGACCUGACGGCGUGCAUGUGGUCCACGGCAGCACAGGCACCCUCCUGACCUCCGAUCUCAACAGCCUGCCGGAGGAUGACCAGCGGGCUCUGGCACGUUCUCUAGAGGCGCUGAAUGCAGAUGGGGGUUUGUAUUCAGAGAGAAAUGCCCGCACAGAGUCUGCUAAAUCUACCCCGAUGCAUCGUCACAGGGACGGGGACACCCUGUCAGAGAGUCCCCUGGAAGUCACGGAGUUAUGACUAGCCGAGGCCUCGCUGGUCUGAGGGCAACCAUAGCUCGUGUGUGUCCUUAUGCCUCCGCAUCAACGUCCUGGGAAGGACCGGAGGAGUGUUUGUAGUCUAGGGAUACCCAUCAGCCAGUGCAUCAGUGACACAUCCAGCAUAAGGACAGACUCACCACUGGGCUGGUUUGACUGGGUCUUAUGUUGAUGAAGAUAGUCACAUUACCAGUUUGUAGAGUUUUAUUCCAUCUGCAGGAUGCCUGUCUUCAGCAAGACAAAAGGUUUCCCUGACAGCCAUUAAACAUCUGAGUGAAUGAGAUGGACCGGGCCUUUUUGUGGGAAACAUUUGCUACAACCAUGACCUUAAAAUCCUCUAAAAGGUGCCUCAUUCUCAUUAAUUCUUUUUAAACUUAGACCUGGACUGCAGACACACACAAAAACACACACAUAAACCAAUCUAUACACACUCAGACCAGCAGAUGGCCUCUAAAAGGAAACUUAGAACAUUAAAUAAUCAGGCAGAUUUUAGGGCAUUGUUUUGGUAACGAGAUGCAGGACGGGAACAGCAACAGAUAUAUUUUAAUAGUUUGGAAAUAAUUUAGGAACAUUUUAUUCAAAUAUGAAAGAUAAAUUUUGAUUUUAGAAGAAUCACAGAGAGAGAAGGGUGAUGCUCCUUCUGAUGAAAGAAAAUAUUUAAAACUCUGUGGAAGGUAAACAGAGGAUCAUAUCCAGCACAGGAAUAAAAGACUUCCCAAAUAGAUGGACUAAGAUCAUACCCCAGAAUGGCGAGGAAGGGAAAAUAUGGUUUUAUCAAAAAGGAACAAAAAUAUUUCUAAAAACAAAUUAACAAUUUUAUAGAUGGCAAUGUGCCCAGUGACUUUACACUGCCACGUGGGGGGAGUCAAAGUUGUGCUCAAAAUGAGAAAAUGUACUUUAUUUUUGUAUUAAAAAAAUAGAAUUAAAAAAUAUUUUUGAAGAAAAAAUGUCUUACCAACAGUUACCAUGGAACUAAUGUUGGAUGUUUGGCGUAUGAGUAUAUAGUGCUAUGGUGAAAUGUCUGUUUGUUUCCCUUGUAUAACAGAUGUUUCUGUUGAGUGGCGUGUAAUGAAAAAAAGACUUUUUAUAUUCCUGUUUUGCAAGUUUUUGUUUAUUGUCAUCACCAGCCAUAAGAUCUGUGUUGGGAAAUGUUGUGGGACGAUCUGUGCUAAUUAAAUAUGCAAUGGUCUCUGA